AACAGAAUCAGAAUGCACAUUUUACUGUGAUGACAGUACUGCUGCACUUAUAACCGGUACCCCACAAUUCAAUACAACUCUAGACGAGCAAUGCGUUCUAAAAGUUCCAUAUAACAUGACCGAUCCACCAUUUGAUUUUGGAAUAUUUUUUGAUGCCCUCAAAAAUGAUAUCCAAGGGAAAAUAAAUGUUCCACAAAAGAUUGGUUACUGUUUUUGGUGGGGCUUGCGAAACUUGAGUAAUUUUGGUACAAGUUUAACAACGAGUACCUAUCUGUGGGAAAACAGCUUUGCCAUUUUAAUUUCUAUCAUCGGCUUGCUAUUGUUUUUAUACCUCAUUGGAAAUGUACAGAUUUAUAUGGAGAGGGCAACUACCAGAGCGGAUGAGGUAAGAGAGAAGCUUCGGAUCAAAAAGAACGAUAUAGAUGAUUGGAUCGAAAAUAAUGGUAUCGGGAAGGACAUGAAGGAAGAGAUCAUGAAAAACAUCAAGGAGAAGUUGGAAAAGGACAUAAGUGCAGAUCUGGAUGAUAUAUACUCUAUUCUUCCCCCGAAUACCAGGAAAGUUGUGAAGCGAUUUGUCGGCAUGAGGACGCUAAGAAAUGUACCAAUGCUUAGCGAGGUGGAUGGAAGAGUUUUGAAGAUGAUGUGCGACUAUCUGAAGCCGGUCAAGUACCAGGAGAAUACAAUGGUUUUUAAAAUGGGAAAACCAUUUGAUAGAAUGGUCUUCAUUACAGAUGGGUCAAUGUGGACUUACACGACUGCUACUGAUCAUCAGACUAGUGAUUCUGGAAAAGCAACGUCAGGAGGACUAGUUACUUCUUCGUCCACGGAAGCUCACUUCCUCGAGAAGGGUGAUGCUUAUGGACACAUGCUUCUGCAAUUAGCAUCAUCAUCUUUUACGACGCUUCCUAUCUCAGAUGCAAAUGUCAAGUGCCACACAAAGGUAGAGGCGUUUGUCCUCAUGGCCAGUGACUUGAGAAACAUAGUAACUGAGUGCGGUCGGUGCGGUCGGUGCGGAGAUUUGUGGCCGGAUUUCAAGUAUAAUGCUUCUCAAGAUGAGGAGGCUGUUCAGAAGGCACCGCCGGGGCACUUUCAGCAACAACAAGGGCCAAAGAAGCGUGGAACAACAUCAAAUAUCCAUCCUACCGGCUACAGUGGGUGAUGCAUGCGAAGCUGAAGCCUGCUGCAAAUCGCCCCUAGCUAGCCUGCAGUGAUCUAGGGCGCGCAGUACGUUGUGCAUUAUUUGCUUUUACAUAUAUAGCAGCUACAGCUAAAGCUAGCUAGCUAGCUAUCCAUCAACUCCAUCCUUCAAGCUAGCUGCUACUUACUCUUAUUGUCAUAUAUAUCAUCGUUUCUUCAUUUGUAUCGCUACGUACUUGAGCUAUGGUACUUGUUAUCGAUCAGUGAUUGCCUGUUUUAAUAUAUCAAUUAUUUGAGAAUAAAAAUAAGACUUGAGUUUUGAUAACGG